CUCGCCAAGCGCUACAUAUGGCCCAUCCCAGGGUCUGGCGCGCCGCUUCCGCCUACUAUGGGACUAGCCGGACAGCUCCUGAUGCAGGGAUCGGAGCCAGCCGUAUUGCUCGCGUUUUGGUCCGGUGGCCGGCUAGCCCAGGAGUCAUGGCAGCGCUGUCUCGGUGGUAGCGCAUUGUAUGAGCGCUAUAUUCGGGGGUUAUGCACGAUGUCGUCGUCGGUAUCAUGUCACACUGCGCCAUCGCCUGACCCGAGAGAGGUAGUAGUGCGAGUCGGUUGUUGGAGAGUGUGAACACUCGAGUGAUACCUGCUCUGCUCUAUACUUCAUUCAGCGUCAUGCUACAUACAGCAGAG